AUGUCGACCGACUCUCAAUCAGAGAUUGGCCUGCGAGGCCAAACAACCAGCAUUCUGUAUCAUUACCGACGGAACCCAUUAGACCUGGCGCGAGCCCCCGCCUUAUUGAUCUUAGUGCCCGGCUCCAUGAUCUUGGUGAUGCAUGGUUUCUGUAAUACAUUGUCCCUGGACGCAAGGUCCUCGCGGCCGAAGUCCAGACGGACCGAAUCUUGCUCCGGCGGGCCCGGUUAUUUUUCGUGGGCCCGUCGGACUUGGCGGAUAUCCAAGAGUUGGGCCGGAAUGAUUCCGGUCAUCGCCUCAACGUUGUCGCCCCGCCAGACUUCCGACUUCCUCGAAAGUUUGAAUUAUUAUACUCGGUUGUAUGUAGUAUUCGACGGUGCUUACAUGAACCCCCAAGGGCGGCGUUUAUCGGACUUGCCGAUGUGGGACCCCAGCGACUUGUCGGAAGAAGAGUUGACUCUGAUGCGAUUAAUGGGCCACCAGGUAAGUGAUUAAACCUUCCUCUUCUGUUGCCGCCUUGCUCGCUUAUUUAUUGUCUUCAUUCCAGAUCGACUUCGACGGUUAUUCAAAGGUUAUUCAAAACCGGCGGAACCCAUUAGACCUGGCAUGGGCCCCAGCCCUAUUGAUUUUGGUGCCAGAUACGAGACCUUGCCAAUGCAAAGCUUCUUUAAUACACUGUCAUUGGACGCAAGGUCCUUAG